ACUAGUAAAACUGCAAUUUCAAGCUGCACUGUGGCAGCUGCUAGCCAGCAACAGUCGUCUCAUUGUGAAGAAAAGCGCUUGCCCAAAGCACACCUCGUUCUUUAUGCGGUGCAGAAUGCAAGUGCAGUCUUUUCAGCCCGUCGCUGCGCUGGUGAGAAGCAGAGUGCAAAGGGAAGAAACCCUGCGGGACGGCGUACCCACCAUCCUUUAGGUGGUCCAGUUCGCGAAGCUUGUUGUAAAUUGUGCGGUUCUGUUUGGCUUUCUUCGCCGAGGCUCGUAUCGAUCCCUGAUGGUAAUAGCAUCAAUCAAACGGGUCAGUGCCUGCUGCUGUGGAGUGGAAAUCAUAUCGAGUGCUGGUGCUCCGUCGAAUCCUCAAUGGAAUCGAAGCCUCGAGCAGAUACAUAAUCAACUGGGCAGCCACGGGGAAACGAGUGGACAGAAUGUCGGGCUGCUGUUUCCAGUUUGCUAGUGCGGCGUUAUUCUGAUUCUCGGCAUACAAUUGUAAAUGGCGCAGGAAUCGAGUGUAUCGGUCAUUCGAUUUCCCGUCCCGUGCCGUGUGUUGUAAGUGCUACUCGAAAACUACACGAAAGAAAAUUCCAUCCGUCCGGCCGCCUACCGCGAGUGAAAGCUGCGCAAAGGAAAGGUGUUCAGUGAAAUCAGUUCCAGUGCUCAAGGAAGCAUUUUUCCUUCCCAUUUUGGCACCGAGUGGCGUGUGUGGUGGUCACGGAGCAGGAAGAGGUGGUACGUGUGCGUGCAAGUUUGUGUACAUCGCAAAUUCACCUUCUAGAGUUCGAGCAGUUUUCAUCGGAGGAGUAUCCUUCCACGAUAACAGCACCGUCGUCGGAGCGGUUUCCCUGAACAAUUGUGAGAGAAAAUCCUUCCUACUGGAGCGGAGAGAUUUUCCCUGCAACUAGCUGGAAAAACAUCAGCAUCGGGAAAACCAGGAGCGAUAGAGAGAGGGAGAGCGCAUGCCAAUGAGAGGGCCUCCGUAGCGGGGGAAGAGAGAAGAUUUGUUGUGUUUACUAUUUUCAUCUGAUUUUCCCUGUCGGAAUUGGAACCGAAGGUAGCGAACGGAAAACACGGAUCGAUUCGCAUAGUAUAUUUUUUAUUGUACUCUAAACGUCAAACACGAACUCGAUGGCCACGGAGGGCGGAAAUGGCGAUCGAAACCUUCGCACGACGAGCACCACGUUCCCAUCGGCGUGCCGCCCAUACGACAUCUUCCACUGCUGAACCCGGCCAGCAGGAAGGAAGGAAGGAAGUUGUCCAUAAUUCAAUAGGAACAGUGUAGUGCAACUGCAACGAUGAACGAUGCAUAUCGUCAGUUGUCAACUGACGAUCGUCGCCUAGGACACGUCGGCUGAGCGAGUCACCACAAACAACCGCAGCCUCUCUUAACAUCACUUAGCAUCGACGGUGGAGGAAGGAAAAAGAAAUAAAACAAUCAGGUGCCUGCCUGUCCUGUUUACCCUCGAGGUCAUACGAGUUACGAUAUUCAGAAGAGGAUAAAUAAGACAUCAUUGGAAUUAUUGAACCGGUCAACAAAGACCUCCGUGUCCUUGAAAGACCUCCGUGUCCCGCGAUAAGCACACCGGUUCAUCCGUCGAGGUCUCGAGGAUCAUCAAGAGAAGUCGUGUGUGAUUGUUUGCAUUUGCGUGCGUGUGUGUGUCGACGAAAAAUCCACGCAGACACCCAGGAGGAGGUGGUCAGCUGCAAAAAUGGUGUUAUCUUAGAACAGAUUUGCCUGAUAACAUCCCGGAACCACCUUCACUUUCGACAUUCGAAGGUGCACAGGAGGAGGAGUAGGAGGAACGGUCUCUUUUUGUGGUACCGAACGUUAGACGCACCAUCAUGAGUCAGAAGACAUCGAACGGAGGCGGUGGCGGUGGAAGGAGCAAAGGAGGUGCAGCAUUGAAUGCUGCCGCCACGUCUUCGCCGUCAUCGGUGUCGUCGUCCAGUGGCAGUCAAAAACAGUCCACCGAGGUGGUCGGUUCAACUACCACGGCGACAGUGUCUUCAACAACGACAUCCUCGGUAGCAUCAGAUGGAGGAGGACGUACAGCAAAGGCAUCGCACCAGCAUCAUCAUCAUCAUCAUCCGCACUGCUCGGUACGAUCGUUAAACUUUGACGAUCCGGAACUGUUACUAACGGUGGCCGCACCACCGUCCGGUGGACGGAAAAGUCAGGAACAGGCACCGCCAUCACCGUUACCACCGAUGGGCGCUUCGAACUCUCUGGCCGCAAGCACGAUCGUGUCCGCGUCGAAACCUCCACACUCGAAACAUCAUCCGGAGGAGGCGAAAGGGAAGGACACGGCAGGAACGAGCCCGAACGGUGGUGGAAUUGUGGUCGCUCCAGCGAUUGGUCCCGUUCCGAUCAGCCCGGGAAAGAUGGGACUGAAGAAAUCCAUCUCCACCCAUCAGGGUCCGGUGAGACACGAGCAGCAGGAACCGGUGGUGAUUCCUUCCAGUAAACCGGUGCUUUUGAAAUCAUCAUCCGUGCCGGCACCGGCCUUUAUCGGUGGCGCAGCACCGGCCGCCUGCUCUUCACCGAUCAGGGGUGGUAAGUCGGCAUCCGUGUCGCCGCAUCCACCCGUAUCUCCACAGCCACCCGUGGCUGGCCCUGUGAUAACGACGCUGGCCGCGGCAUCACCCACGGCCUCCGGCACUCCGCUCAUGUCGGCCGCCGCCGCCGCCUCGAUGGCAACCGUCGUGAUGCGCACCUCGUCCGGUUCGAGCCUCCACAAGACGGCAUCGUACCGGAAGUCGUCCUACAAGCCGCAGCACUCGCACUCCCUGCGCUACUCCGGCAGCGGUAGUGACAUUUCGAACCUGGUGCGCGUCCGCAACUCGACGCUGGGCAACUCGGCCCCGACGCUGUCGCUGACCGCGAAAGAAAACGGCGGGUUCGGGCUGGGCACGCUCGGUGGGGGGAGUUUCUUCGCCGGCCAGAAGCGCCCAACCUCGUCGUCCUCGUCGUCGGGGGUGGCGGCGGCUCGCAGUGCGGCCGUCGCCCGCCACCGGCUCAGCUUCGUCGCGAACAUCUCGCCCCGAUCUCACUCGCCCAUUCCCGCUAGUCCCAUCGAUAGUCCGCGCAUCAACUCGCCCAGUAUUAUGCAGUUCCCGUUCGUGCCAAUCAAGCGCAUCGCGUCGACGGCCGCCGCUGCCGCCGUGGCCGCCUCGAAGACGUGCGACAGCCGGCGCUGGUCGGUCGCGUCGCUGCCCUCGUCCGGCUACGUCACGACGCCCGGGAGCUCGAACAUUUCGUCGCAGUGCUCGAGCCAGGAGCGGCUGCACCAGUUCCCAGCCGUGCCGACGAACGACGAUCUGCAGCUGCUGUCGCUGCAUUUCUCCUCGAACGACAGCAAUCCCAGCCUGGUCGAUGUGAGGACGCACCAUAGUCACCAUCACCAUGGCUUCCAUCAUCAUCACCACCAUCAUCCGAUACCGUCGGCUGCUUACCAUCACAUGACGUUGCAGCAGCAACACCAACACCAGCAACAGCAGCAGCAGCAGCUCCUCCAUCAUCACCAUCCCGUCCACCAUUCGCUACCGACGGCCGGAGGGGGACAUCAGUCCCUUCCGUACCAGCACCCACUGGCGAACAGUUCGAUCUCACCGCAGGCUGCCGGUGGUGGUGGCUUUGGUCCAGCCUCAGGCGCCAGUGGAAGUGUGCUGUACCAACAGCAGCAAACGGCUCAGCAACCGCUCAGCCUACAGUCACAUGUUGGAGCACCGACGCAGCUGCCGGGCAGUCCGCACCUUCCCCAGCACUGCAUGAUGAAGUCCGGUGCGCUCGGUGGAGGAUCGUCUUCCGGCUCGGGCUCGGGUUGUAUCGGUGCACCCGGCAGCAUCGCGGGCAGCAAGGAUGAGCUGAACAAUUUCUGCGGCUGCCGGUCGCCGAUCCACCGGCCCCGCUCGCGUAGCCUCAGCAGCCCGAGCCACUCGCCCAUCACCGACAACGAGAUCUCGAUCAUGAACACCUUCUACAAGGAGCGCUUCCCGAAGGCGACGCAGCAGAUGGAGGAACGGCUGAGCCACUUCAUCAACGAGAACAAGAACAUCAUCAACGACAGUGCGCGCAACUCGCAGCCGAUCGUGCGCUUCGUGCACCACCAGGUGCUGGAGAUGGCCCGCGACUGCCUGCACAAGUCGCACGCGAAGCUGAUCACCUCGCGCUACUUCUACGAGAUGAGCGACAACCUCGAGCGGCUGCUGGUGGAAACCAAGGAGAAAUCGCCCGAAGCCGCGCCGGAAAUUACGGGCGUGAUCAAGAAGCUGCUACUGAUCAUCUCGCGCCCGGCACGCCUCCUCGAGUGUCUUGAGUUCGACCCGGAAGAGUUCUACCGGCUGCUGGAGGUGGCCGAGGGGCAGGCGAAGGUGACGCAGGGCAUCAAGGCGGACAUUCCACAGUACAUCAUCCAGAAGCUCGGCCUCAACCGGGACCCGAUCGCGGAGCUGCAGGAAGAGCUAAACAUCGAGACGGCGUCGCUCAACUCGAGCGUCAACUGUGCCGAUCUGGAGGAGGAGGCGGAGAACGAGGAGGACCAGACGGCGGCCAGUCAGCGGGUACGCUUGAGGGGCAACCGGAACCGUGCCGCCAGCGAAGACUCCCAUAACAACUCGUCGAUCGUGAGCGAUCGGCAGGCGAACGAGAUGAUGAUGUGCUCCACACCGAAGGGUUCGGGAUCGUCCAGCUCGGCGGGAAACAGUGCUGCCAGCAGUUCCUCGAAUGUCCUAAACAAUAACAACACCGGAGCAGAUGGUGGGGGAGCAGUAGCAGCGGCAACAACAGCGCCGACGGUUGCACCAACCGGUGGAUCCUCUAUGGUGCCGGCAUCGACGGGUGGAGGCAAAAGUUUCAAAGCCCGCACCAACAACGCCGUCCCGAACGAGAAAGACUUUGACAUUCUCAAGCUGAUCUCGAACGGGGCGUACGGCGCGGUGUACCUGGUGAAGCACAAGCAAACGCGCCAACGGUUCGCGAUGAAGAAGAUCAACAAAAACAGCCUGAUGCUGCGCAACCAGGUGGAGCAGGUGUUUGCCGAGCGGGACAUCCUCAGCUUCGCCGACAACCCGUUCGUGGUGAGCAUGUACUGCUCGUUCGAGACGAAGAAACACCUCUGCCUGGUGAUGGAGUACGUCGAGGGGGGCGACUGUGCGACGCUGCUGAAGAACAUUGGCCCGCUGCCGUCCGACAUGGCACGGUUCUACUUCGCCGAGACGGUGCUCGCCGUGGAGUACCUGCACAGCUACGGCAUCGUGCAUCGCGAUCUGAAACCGGACAACCUGCUCAUCACCGCGCUCGGGCACAUUAAGCUGACGGACUUUGGGCUCUCGAAGAUGGGCCUGAUGUCGCUGGCGACGAACCUUUACGAGGGCUACCUGGACAGCGAGACGCGCCAGUUUUCCGACAAGCAGGUGUACGGUACGCCCGAGUACAUCGCCCCGGAGGUGAUCCUGCGCCAGGGCUACGGCAAACCGGUCGACUGGUGGUCGAUGGGCAUCAUCCUGUACGAGUUUCUGAUCGGCUGCGUACCGUUCUUCGGCGAGACACCCGAGGAACUGUUCGCCCACACCGUCAACGAUGACAUCGAAUGGCCGGACGGUGACGACUGGCCGCUGCAGGAGGAGGCGAAGGAUCUGAUAACGGCGCUGCUGCAGCAGAACCCGCGCGACCGGCUCGGCACGGGCAGUGCGCACGAGGUGAAGGAGCAUUGCUACUUCUACGGGCUCGACUGGAACAAUCUGCUGCGCCAGAAGGCGGAGUUUGUGCCGCAGCUGGACAACGAGGAGGACACGAGCUACUUCGAUACGCGGGUUGAUCGCUACAACCACGAGAUCUGCGGGGACGAUACGGAUGAGAUGGAGGAUUCACCCCUGUUCGGGUCGUUCAGCUCAUACUCGCCGCAGUAUCGCAAGCAGCACAGUCUGUCCCAGGCGUCCAUUGCCAGUUCGUCGGAUGGGUUCGGCGGUAGUACGGGUAGUCGCACCGGUGCGGUCGGUAUCCCGCAAGCUGGAGCCGCAGCAGGACCACCAGGACCGGCGGUCGUGCAGGGUGAAACCCCAACACAGGCACCCUCUUCUUCAUCUUCCGGUUCAUCCGUGCCCGAUGCGGUGCUUGCUUCACCCCUGCCGGUGAGCUCGAGUUCUUCCUCCUCCUCCGUGGCGACACCUUCUACGACGAUCGUCGCCUCGAACGUAAAGACUCCGGCGGCGGUGUCUUCGGAGUCAAGUGUUGCAACAACUCCCACCACCACCACCACCACAACCACCACUAGCGUGGUCAAACCGCAGCAGCUGCCGAGCCUCUUCGAGGAUGGCUUCGAUGCGACACACCCACGCCCGAACGACAUCAGCAAGCUGAUCAUCACGCCCGAGCUGCGCAAGUUCAACAUCAAUCCAUCCCGCUACAAGAUGCCCUCGACGCCCGAUCUCGACUACCUGCCCGAGUUGGCCACACCGGAUCGGGAAGACUUCCUCGUCCACCAUGGCAUCAGUUUGCGCCAUUCGCCGGCGAAUGUCGGUGCUGGCCCCUCCGGCUACCCUUCAUCGAUGCGCGUCGUCGCCCCGAGCACGCCGGAAACGCCGGAGACGAACAAACGGUUCAGCGACUUCUACCCGCUGUCUUCGCUGAAGCAGCUCAGCACACCGGAAUCGUCCCAGACGGACAGUGACGACGUGUCGCCGCAGAUACAGCGCAAGCGCAAGAUUCACGUGCACAAUCGCAUCCUGCCGAAGUUCUCCAUCUCGAUCGAGGACGACCAGAGCGGGCACGAAACGUCGUCCUCCACGCCGUCCCAGAUCGUGCACAAUUCCUCGUCACCGUCGAGCUCGCUGCACAACCUCAGCGGAAGCUCGCGGCACAUCGUGAAGAGUGCGUCGGCGUUGGGACUUUCGCUUAUGACGUCGUCGGAUGAUUCUUCUUCGGCCGUCACGACCGCCGUUGGUCGGUCGUUUGGUGGCGCGGGCGGUGGCUUGAGCCGGAACGCUACCGGUACGACCGCUUCGAACCUUUCGUCCUCCUCCGGGUGCAGUACGGGUAUCGCUUCGUCCACGAUGCAUUCGGCCGGAAACUGUUCCAGCACGGCUAGCUCGCGCGAUACGUCUCCGUGUCGGGAGCUGAGCCCACUAGUCACGAACCUGAAGCCACCGUUGAUCAUCCGUAGGGGUCCGCGUGGGUUCGGUUUCACCGUGCACACGAUCCGGGUGUACUAUGGUGAUACGGACUUCUACACCAUGCACCAUCUGGUGAUGGCGGUGGACGAAGGCAGCCCGGCGUUUGAGGCCGGUCUUCGGCCGGCUGAUCUCAUUACGCACGUAAACGGUGAAGCCGUGCAGGGGUUGUACCACACGCAAGUGCUGCAGCUGCUGCUGAGCGGCUCGGAAGUGGUGAGCCUCCGGGCGACACCACUCGAACACACGAGCAUUCAAACGGGUGGCCGCAAGCGUGAACCGUGGCAGAGCAAGUUCGCCAAGAAGUCAACGCACAGCCGGCGCAAGCAGAAGAAGGACAACGAGAAGAAGCGCAAAGCGUCGCUGUUCCGGCGGAUCAGCAGCAAGCGGGCGAGUGCGGAGAUGCAGCAGAUGGUGGCCGGCAUCCAGUCGCCUACGUCGGCGGUUCCACCGAGCCGCAGCUUCCAGUCGCUCGCCCGCUUCCAGGGCAGCCAGCCGAACCUGCUCCAACCGAGCACGGGCGGUCCGUCCGUCGCCCCCGGUGGUGCCAUCAUGGUGGGGCAUCCGGGACUGCAAAUGUCACCCAUUCCACCCGGCGGUCAGUCUCCCGUUGGCGGCGGCCCGGGAGCUGGCUCCCUGCCAGUCGUAGCGGCAUCAUCUGUCGGCGCUCCCGCCGUAAACCGGUUGAGUCUUUCGCCGCUGAGUUCCGGUUCCGGAGCAGCAGCGCUGUAUGCGAAUGCGUCCACCGGAUCACCGGCGUCCGGAUCACCAAGCACCUCCGCGCCGAGCACACCGACGGGCGUGGUGGGACAGUCGGCGCUCGGGUACAACGAUGGUGCGCCGCUGUACCAGCGCCCUUCGACGUUGCACGUGCUUAAGCACAAGCUUCAUUCGUCGCCGUGUGCCAGCAGUAAGGCACUCCACUCGACCGGUGGCCCGGGUGGGCGUCCUUCGAAUCGUCGUAAAUCUGCCGACCACAUGCCACUGUCGCCACUCGCCCGUACACCCAGCCCUUCGCCGUUACCCGCCUCCCCGACUCGCUCCUCCAGUCCGCUAGCGUUCCCAGUGGUGCAUCCACUCGGUGCCUCGAACACGACGCAAUCGUACAGCCCCGGAGGACUGCCCGGAGCCACCUGCAUCGGUGCCAGUAGCAGCGCCUUGGUGACCGGCCUUCCGCUUCCCACGGGCGUACCGGGCCUCGUAGCCGGUGGUGCACCCGGCGCUCCCACGACGAAGAAGGGCUUCCCGCGGGCGAAAACGGCUGAACCGAGCUCACCGUUGCUGCGGCGCGCCCUGUCCCCCGAUCGACUGCAUCCGCGCAGUGCCGCCGAAAGCAAGUGCGUCCUGUCGCCGCUGUGCUGCAACACUUCCCUCAAAACGACCCCACGAACCGUGGCCGGCAUCUGGCGCUCGAGUCAAAACUCGACCAUCACGACUGCCACCGGAACCGCAACCGCAACCGCCACCGAUCCCGUACCAUCGUCCUCAUCGUAUUUGGCGUCGUCACAGAGUCACAGCAACUUGGUCAACAACAACCCGGUCGGAGGCGCAUCGUCAACGGGUGGUGGGAAAGCAUCCGGAACCCGCAACCUAACCGGAGCGUUGGCCUCCACGACGAUGACGAAGGAGGACGGCGGUAAACAGCAGCUACCGGCGACAAGCAGUGCCGCAGCGGACAAACUCAUCCCACUGAUGGAGAAGAUGGCCAUCAAGGAGGCGGGCGUCGAACCGGCGGGGGCAACGAAGGCCAGCAACAACAAUGGCGCUGGCGGAGGUGGAAGCAACGGGAAUGGUGGCGGUGGCAAUAAGAAGCAUACCGCCGGCGGCAAGGACUAGGGAUGGGCGGAAUCGCGGUAUUUAGUGCAACAUCCACGUUGAACGGUUCGACUCACAUCCGGUAUCGGUUUCCGUUUUUUUUUUUAAAUCGUUCACAAAUGGGCACGCGGUGCCUCCUUUCGUUAUGUUUAUUUUUAUUUCCACUCCGUUGCACACUUCAUUGAUAAUAUUGAUUGAUAUUUAUCGCCGAUCAUCUAGUUAUUACGAACACGCGCUCUUACUACCAGCUACACUGUUACGAAGAUAAUGAUUAUUAAUGCUACUGCUCUCGAGUACUGUUAUUUUUUAUAUUAUGUUACGUAGGGUAGGGAAACCGACCCCACACCCCCACUUGCUUUAAUUUUAUUUAAUCUUUGGUACGCUUCGAUUCGAUUUCAACUCGUGCUUCGCUGGAGUAUUUCUGUGACGAUGGUGAAACAGACGCGCCCUCUUGGCGCUCUAGAGAUGGGUUCGGUUUUGCUUUUCCGGGAUUUCUUUCGGCCCAACAACAACUUCUGCCCCCGUCGAGGUCACUUUUGCGGGGGGCGCUCCGAAGCGAGCACCAUUUUUUUUUGACCGUUAUCGACCGAAUUUAAAUGGCCGUCAAAUGAUAUCUUUACUAUAGCCGAACGCAAGACAAACUAUAAAAAAAUAUCUUAAUGUGUGAUACCUUCUCGAUGAAGGAAAAAUAAAAGGUCUGUGUGAGUGUGUUUGUGGAGAGAGAGAAGGAGAGUAAAAGAGGGAUAAACCAUGUAAGGAACGUGAAAAAUUUAUCAAUAUAAAGUGUGGGAUAAGUUAAGCAAAAGGCAUGAUAAAGGAAUGUAAACAGUGAAUAAACCCGAUAUAUGAUAAACAUGUGCGAAAACACACACACACACGGAAAUGGCGAGUACAGGAAAGAAACGUAAGCGGGGACGGGCGAUUGACCAGCUUCUCAUUCAAAUGCGGUCAUUAAACACCAGCAGCCAUAUACAGCGGGUUUUGGAAAUGAUGUUUCCCGUAAAAUCCGUUUAGAACACAAAAACCUCGAAAGAGGGAAGGGCUGUUUUUGGCGAAACUAGACUCGGUGUCGACAUCUGUGUAGAUCCGUAGGUUCCAGAUAGGGAUGGAAAAAACACUAGUACUCCGCACCCACUAGAAUGUCCGCACCCGUGUGCGGCGACACCGGUCAGUAGGAACAACACAUUCAAACACAGGUUCGUUCUAUUUUGUUUCCGCUUUAUUUCGUAGUAGGCGAUCACUCGGAUAGAAGUGGUUGUUAGGGACAGUUUAUUUCAAUUACUACUAGAUUAUGGAACCUAUUUGCAUCCUCGAUGAUCU